AUGGCUUUCCCAACCAACACGGCUAAUGCCGAUGAGCAUGCUAUUUCGGCCAAAGCCCGUUUUGACGACAUGGCUGAACCGUCCAGGGAAGCGAGCCAGAGCUCUGGACAGAUGAGUUCGUUCGGUCUGACGGAGGACGAGCUUGCUCUUGAGAAGAAGCUCCGAUGGAAGAUUGACCUCAUGAUCAUGCCGCUUAUCGUGUGGACAUACCUGAUGAACUAUAUUGACCGGAACAACUAUGCCGCAGCUCGUCUCCAAGGACUGGAGGCGGAUCUGAAUCUCACCGACACGCAGUACCAGAUUGGGCUUUCAGUGCUCUUCAUCACCUACGUCCUCGCCCAAGUUCCUUCCAACAUGAUGCUCAACCACAUUGGGAAACCGGCAUACUACCUGGGCUUUUUCACCAUUGCCUGGGGCCUCGUUUCGGCCCUCACAGCCUUGGUCCAAAACUUCGCCGGCAUCAUCGCCUGCAGAUUGGUCCUCGGUCUCGUUGAAGCACCGUUCUUCCCAGGGGUCAUCUUCUACCUCUCAAAGUGGUACACCAAGAAAGAACUCUCGCUCCGUAUGGCCCUCUUCUACAACGGCUCCCUCAUAGCCGGGGCUUUUGGCAAUCUCAUCGCCGCGGGGAUCCUCAAAGGCCUCGACAAGGCGCACGGCAUCUCCGCCUGGCGCUGGCUCUACAUCCUCGAGGGCGUCGUCACCGUCGCGACAGGCAUCCUCAUCUGCCUCGUUCUCCCCGACUUUCCCGAGUCCUGGAGCGCGCUCUCCCCGGAGCUGCGGCGCGUGGCGACCAAGCGGCUGGCGGUCGACGCGGCCGAGUCGGACGUCGACGAGACCCGCGGGCCGCGGGCGCAGCUCGAGGGUUUCAAAAUGGCGCUGAGAGACCCCAAGGUAUGGAUUCUCACCGUCGCAUACCACGCCUUCGUUGGCGCGGGCGGGUUUCAGAACUUCUUCCCCAGUCUAACCCGGACUCUUGGGUUCGAUGAUACCGUCUCGCUGCUGCUUGUGGCGCCGCCGUACGUCUUUAUGGCAUUCUACUGUGCUUUUCACUCGUGGUUGUCGGAUCGGGUGCAGAACCGGUUCUGGUUCUUCGUGUAUCCUAUCCCAAUCGUGAUUGCGGGCUGCGUCAUCUUCAUGACGACAACGGCCUUUGGGCCGCGAUACUUCUCGCUGUUCCUGCUCAACUUCGUCUUCACCAUGAACGGCACGACGUACGCCUGGAUGUCGACGUGCGUGCCCCGCCCGCCGGCGAAGCGCGCCGCGGCUCUGGGUUUCAUGAACGCCGUCGGGAACGCGGCGUCCAUCUGGACUUCGUACACGUAUUUUGAUGCGCAAGGGGAUAGGUACCCUAUUGCGUUGGGUAUUGUCAUUGCGCUGCUGGGGGUGUCUGCGGUUGGUGGUGUGUGGCAGCGGUGGAUUCUGGUGCGUGAGAAUAAGCGGUUGGACAGGCUUGAGAAUGAGGACGUGGUGGUGGGGGAUAAGGAGAUGCAGAGGUUGGGGGAGACGGCACAUGUGGAGGGUGUUGAUGCUGGUACGGCGAGGCAGAGGCAGAAGGGGUUCCGAUACUUGAUAUAA